CACGCUAUUGGUCACACCAUAAAUUGAAUACCUGUAUUCGUCAUCAAGAUAACAGGCAUUCACUGCAGCUACUGUGUUAAACACAUUAUAUAUAUAUUUCUGUGGAGCGUUUGAUCAGUCGCAAGUUUUGGCACUGCGUAGAACAAGCUGAUUUUAUCUUAACUAAGCUUGCAUGAAUUCAUAAGUUUAACUGGAAACUAAUUAAAUCAGAUGAAAAGUUGCUUUCAGCUUUGAAAGAGAUAUUUGUGUAACACUUCACACAGCAGCUGUAUGGAAUUGCUCUCCCGAGAUUCUUACAUACCGAUGUACUGAUUGUAUAUAAAUAUUUAUUUUAUAACGUUUAACCCUCGGAGCAAAAUCGGAGAAACUGCAAGAGACAUUCACCAGACAGACAAAAUACCUUUGAUUGAUGAGGCUUGUUCAUUGACUAGAACUUCAAAGACGUGGAUACUUUCAACAAAAGUUUUUUUUACUGUUUAGUAGGGUAAAAGGAGGAAUCAGUGUCAUAACUUAGUAAUAAAACAACGGCGAUAAUAUGGCUUUCUUUAAUUUCUUCAUUUUAUUAGUGGUCAUUAUUCUUGAGAUAGGCCUUCUAAGUGUAAAAGGAUUUGUACUGCUGGAGAGGAAUACAUUUAUUAAGAAUAGAAAUUCGGACUUGUCGCCCGAGGCACACAUUCCAGACCACGUCGUACCCCUGACAACUAUCCGACAUUACGCAAGGCAUGGUUUAUGUGGAACUUUCGAGGGAAAGCGGCGUUUUUACAAUGCUAUGAAAACGAAGUUUUGUGGUAUAAGCUUGUCAAUGAUUCAGGAUGUUGUAAUAGAUCUUUGCAGGCAUAAAAAACACAUGCUUGACAAAUGGGUCAAAGAAUUAUUUGAUACGGACAGAGAUGGUUAUAUAUCUCAUUUCGAGAAACGCCAUUACACUUGAGUGAUUUCAAUAUUCCGAAAAAUAACUAUCACUUGUGAAAAACCACAAAGAACACUUGGUUAACCAAUCGGCAACAAGUUGUCUGAAGCAGUGUACUUAUGCGAUAUAUGCAUUCCUUCUUUAAAGCGUAUGUUUUACAUAUACUUAAAAGACCAUAGGAAUUCUGUAAAUGUAACUUAUGUAUAAAUUAAUGUCAAUGAUACUUAGCUGACCAAUCAUCCAUACAGACUUAUAUCGAAAUUGUGCUUUGUAAAAUGUCAGUGCUUGAGACAUACAUUCCUAUAAAUUGUAUAUAUUGUUUUGUUAUGUUAAGUGAACUUGUCGAUGUUUGAAUAUAUUUUGCUAUAUUUUUUGUACUGUUGUCUGAUAGAGACAAGAAAGAAGGUAUAUUAACUUUUUUAAAACUUUAACCCUUACCCUGCUAAAUUUCUAUAAUGAACCCGUCUAUCUUUUAAUUUGGACAGUACCAUUAACUGUUGAAAAGGAUGCUUACCAAAAAGAUACUGACUGAAUGGCAAACAGUGCAGACCAUGAUCAGACAUGCAUGCAUGCAUGGAUAUGCAGGCGGAUCUUGGUCAAAGGCAGAAUCACUUGCCGCCAGCAGGCUAAGGGUUAAUUACACUUUCUUGAUACUUGUUAUACAUGUUAUUUGUGGCACACAUUGUAGCUGUGUCGUAUUUUAUAUAUACACCAAAACUGCUUUCGUUUAAUUUACUUUAUUUGUUAUUUAUUAUUGUAAAUAUUUUACAACCAUAUACCUCAAGAACAAUCAGUAUUAAUAUGUUUUUCGUUGUAAAGUGCUUAACUUUUUAAAGCUUGCCGUCCAAUUUUGUAUUCUUUUUGAAUUUGGAAUAAUAAAAUGUCAA